AGGGGAAGGAGGGGGUGCCAGCAAAGGUCUGUAGGAGAGGGAUUGGCCGGAGUUGGACGGGAUCUGGCCGGAGUUGGCCGUGGACGGGGGUGGCGGAAAGGGGAAAGGGGGGAAGGAAGAUGCUUCACGCUGAAGAAAGGAGAGAGGGAGCGCGGGUUUUCCCGAAAACCUGGAAGACCUUUUUGCAAAUAUGUCAUCGGAGCAUGAAUUUUGAAACGGAUGAAGUAUUAAUUACCCGGAAAAAAAGUAAACUAUUAAUAAUGGCGUAAAAGGACCUUACAAAAGAAGAGAUAUAUAUAAUAUACUAACCCACGUAGAUUGAAGUUGGCACUAACCAUGGUUAACGAAAGCCCUAAACCCUAGUAAACGACUAACCAAUUGCACAGCCAGCCAACUCAGCCAUAUAACAAGCCAACACCACCACCUAAUGCUACGUACACGGUGGCAUCUCUAACCUUGAGGAACUGAGGUGUUUUUGGAUUUCCGGCUAGCUGCACGUAGGUACGAACGUCGUCAGUGCUCGUACGCAGUCGCCAUGAACGGCAAGAGCAAGAAGAGCAAGGGCACGCCACUGCUGGGCAAGUACGAGCUCGGGCGACUGCUCGGUCGCGGCACGUUCGCCAAGGUCUACCUCGCGCACCCGGUCACUGGCGGUGAGCCGGUGGCAGUGAAGGUGAUCGACAAGGCGGAGGUGAUGGGCAUGGAGGGCAUGGCGCCUCGCGUGCUCCGGGAGGUGGUGGCCAUGCGCCGGCUUCGCCACCCGGGCGUGCUCCGCCUCCACGAGGUGCUCGCCACCCGCUCCAGGAUCUACCUCGUCAUGGAGCUAGCCCCCCGUGGCGACCUCCAGUCCAUGCUCGCCGCCCUACCAAACCGCCGCUUCUCGGAGAAGGCCGCGCGGCGCGUGUUCGUGCAGCUCACGGCGGCGCUCGCACACUGCCACGCGCGCGGCGUAACGCACCGCGACGUCAAGCCGCAGAACGUCCUCCUCGACAGCGCCGGCAACCUUAAGGUGUCCGACUUCGGCCUAUCGGCGCUCCCAGACACGCUUCGGGACGACGGCCGCCUCCACACCGCCUGCGGCACGCCGGCCUAUGCCGCGCCGGAGGUGCUCCGCCACGCAUCAUACGACGGCGCCAAGGCCGACGCGUGGUCCUGCGGCGUCAUGCUCUUCGUCCUCCUCGCCGGACGCCUGCCCUUCGACGACGCGAACAUCCCCGACAUGUGCCGGAAGGCGCACCGCCGUGAGUACGAGGUCCCGCCGUGGGUGACCCCGCCGGCGCGCCGCCUGGUGCACCGCCUGCUCGACCCGAACCCGGCGACCCGCGUCUCCGUGGAGGCUCUGGCGGCGACGCACCCAUGGUUCGUCAAGCGCUCCCUCAGCCUCGACUCGCAGCUCGACGGCCUCCUCGACGGCCAGCCAGAGCGCGCGCUGACGUUCCGGGCGCCGGCGGUGAACGCGUUCGACAUCAUAUCCAUGUCGCAGGGGCUCGACCUGUCCGGGCUGUUCGGCGGGAGCAAGAACAGGGAGAAGCGGUUCAUGACGACAGCGUCGCCGGAGCAGACGCUGGAGCAGCUCAGCCGGGCGAGCGGGAAGCUCGGGUACGUCGUGGUAGGGAAGAAAGGAGUGGGAUGCCAGCGCCGUCCUCCAGGGAGGCCGGCGAUAUCGGUUGGGAUUUCGGAGCUGGUGCCGCCACUAAUGCUCGUCGAGAUGCGGCUGGAGAUGGAUGACGGCGACGGCGGCGAGGUUCAAGUGUUUGGUUGGGAUCAGCUGAGGGUGGAGCUAGGGGAUGUAGUAAGGGCUUGGCACAGCUGUGAAGAUUUGCAACAAGUUCAGUAAACUUUCUUGUUCAGAAGAAGUUGUUUUGCUGCUUAGCUAGUUAAUGGAGGUGUAAAAAGGUACUCUAAAAUGUCAAUAUAUGUGUAUCUAGCCUGUUUGUUUUUUUACUUGUUUUCUGUUUUGAAUAUUACACUGUACACUAUAUAUAAGUUCCAUUUGCAUACAAGAAAAUAUAGGGUAAACUUU